GCUCCGCCCCUCCAGGUGCGCGAGUCUGAAGCCGGCAAACAUGGCCGACACCUGUUUUCUCGGCCAGGGUUUCUGUAUCCUGGUAGGGUUAUUGCUCUUGCCCUUCGGCAGCUUGGCCGCUAGUCAGAUCGAGGAUCAAGCGGAACAGUUCUUCAGAAGUGGCCAUACGAACAACUGGGCGGUUUUGGUAUGUACAUCCCGAUUCUGGUUUAAUUAUCGACAUGUUGCAAAUACUCUUUCUGUUUAUAGAAGUGUCAAGAGGCUAGGUAUUCCUGACAGUCACAUUGUUCUGAUGCUUGCAGAUGAUAUGGCAUGCAACCCUAGAAAUCCUAAACCAGCUACAGUGUUUAGUCACAAGAAUAUGGAAUUAAAUGUGUAUGGAGAUGAUGUGGAAGUGGAUUAUAGAAGUUAUGAGGUAACCGUGGAAAAUUUUUUACGGGUAUUAACUGGGAGGAUUCCAUCUAGUACGCCUCGGUCAAAACGUCUUCUUUCUGAUGAUAGGAGUAAUAUUCUUAUUUAUAUGACAGGACAUGGUGGAAACGGUUUCUUGAAAUUUCAAGAUUCUGAAGAAAUUACCAACAUAGAACUUGCAGAUGCUUUUGAACAAAUGUGGCAAAAAAGACGCUACAAUGAGCUAUUGUUUAUUAUUGAUACUUGUCAAGGAGCAUCCAUGUAUGAGAGAUUUUAUUCUCCUAACAUAAUGGCUUUAGCUAGUAGCCAAGUGGGAGAAGAUUCACUCUCGCAUCAACCUGAUCCUGCAAUUGGAGUCCAUCUUAUGGAUAGAUACACAUUUUAUGUCUUAGAAUUUUUGGAGGAAAUUAAUCCAGCUAGCCAAACUAAUAUGAAUGAUCUUUUUCAGGUAUGCCCCAAAAGUCUAUGUGUGUCUACUCCUGGACAUCGCACUGAUCUUUUUCAGAGGGAUCCUAAAAAUGUCCUGAUAACUGAUUUCUUUGGAAGUGUACGGAAAGUGGAAAUUACAACAGAGACUAUUAGUUUGCAGCCAGAUUCAGGAAUCAUGGAAAGCAGCUAUAAGAAAGACCUGAUGGAUGAGGAACUAAUGGAACCUCUGAAAUAUGCUGAACAACUUCCUGUAGCUCAGAUAAUACACCAGAAACCAAAGCUGAAAGAUUGGCAUCCUCCUGGGGGUUUUAUUCUGGGAUUGUGGGCACUCAUUAUCAUGGUUUUCUUCAAAACUUAUGGAAUCAAGCAUAUGAAGUUCAUUUUCUAGAUGCGAUGAUGUAUGAAGAACACUACGUGGAAGACUACAACCUUGGAUAAAAGUUCAUGUCAAUAUAUAUAUAUAUAUAUUUUAACAUCUUUAUUGGAGUAUAAUUGCUUUACAAUGGUGUGUUAGUUUCUGCUUUAUAACAAAGUGAAUCAGUUAUACAUAUACUUAUGUUCCCAUAUAUCUUCCCUCUUGCGUCUCCCUCCCACCCUCCCUAUCCCACCCCUCCAGGCGGUCACAAAGCACCGAGCUGAUAUCCCUGUGCUAUGCGGCAUGUCAGUAUAUUUUUAAAAAUACAUUACUCUUGUGUGAUUUGGCAGAAAGUAUAAGGAAGCUAAAUUUGAAAGAACUAUUGGUUUUAUAACUCAGAAAUAAUUGUUAAUGCAAGUGCUAAAUGACACUAAAUAUAUUUGUUUUUCAUUUUGUAUUAUUAGAAUAUUGGGACAAAGAGAUCAGAAUACACUCACUGACUCUUUUUGAAAAUAAGAAUUUCCCCUUGUUUUAUCCCCUUUUCAUUUGGAAAAGAAAAAAAUGUGAAGACAUUGAAUUCUCACUAGCAAGGGAAACUUUUGUUAGUAUUUUUGUAUAUGUUCUCCCAGUCUUUUUCAUACUUUUUUUCUAAAAUAGAGAGCAUAUAGAACAUACCAUUUUAUAACCUUACUUGUCAUCUUGCAGUAUGUUGUCAACCCCUUCCCUCUCCUUGGAUAUUCUUCAAGAACACGUGAACGGCUGCACACUAUCCAUUUCAUGAAUGUACAGUAAUUUAUUUAACAUUCUUCUAUAAUUAGACCACUUACUUUGUUCCCCAAAUUUUCUUUUGGUUCAUUCUUUAAUGUGUUAAUAUUUUAUCAGCUAUUCUUGGAAUUCUGCAGCUAAAAUGAUAAGUAGAGAUGAAUAAUCAGUUUCUUAAUCUGUGGUACUGACAGUCUCCAGGACCUUAUUUACUGUCAGUCUAUCUGGAAAAUUUAAGAUCUUGGGGAAUUUCACAUACUGAUUGCUCAAGAGAAACAAACCUAAUCAUUUUUCAUUUCUAAGCAUUCUGUGCUCCUCUAGAAUUGAUCACCUCCUCUUCUGUUUCCACGCUGAAAGAGAUGUUGUUUCAUUCUGUUUAAGGUAAACCUUGCCCACUGGCUGGAUCUACACUUUUUCUGGGACAAUCCGGUAAAACGGAUGGACUGUAGGAAAAAUUCAUGCUUGUGGCCCUGUCUUCGUGUCUGACUGAUGUAUCACAUAAGGCAGUAAGCUCUUUUCUGGUCUCUGACAAGAUGCAAGAGCUUAUAUCCCCAUCACUGAUUUUUUUCAUCUUGCCAGCCAUCUUCAUGUCUAUCUCGUAACUGUAAAUGGUAUUGAGAUUGUGCUUUGCUAUAAGCCCCAGAUAUUGCUUUUUCACGUAUAAGCGGUAAAAAAAAGUGAAAGUUGAGUAUUCAUGUCCCAUGGGAUACUUUUUUGUAUUUUAUCUGUUUUAUCCAGGAACUUCAUGCUAAUCUUUAUUCACUAUGAAAAUAUGUUUUGUAAAUUGUAGGAAACAUUCAGAAGACAACCCUUCCUCUACAAUAAAACCUCUUAAAAUUAA